AUGACGGCCGUUUAUAUCUCACCGAAUAUCAACGAUAGAGAAUACCAAAAGGCCAUAGAUAAAACCUUUGAAACGGCUACCAAUAACAACGGAAGACGACUAUCCAUAAUGGCCGGAGAUAUAAACGCGAAAUCCGCAAUAUGGGGAUCUCCUAUGUCUGAUAUAAAAGGACAAAUGGUAGAGGAGUGGUUGGCCCAAACAGGAUGGGUAGCAAUCAAUAACGGCCAUCACACCUUUGAAAGAGGUAACUCCAAAACACAUAUAGAUGUUACUCUCUGUCAUACCAGUCAUUAUAAUAAGAUCACCAACUGGUGUAUAGAAUAUGUCAAUCCCUACACACACCAUGGACAUAUUCGAUAUCAGAUAAAAACGAAAGGAGCAAUAAAAAAGACGAGCCCUAACAACAGGAAAAGGACAUACUUGAACACCGAAAAGUACGUAGAAAUACUAAAAAAAAGUAAUGGAACAUACGAGGAAAUACUGAAGGCAUAUAAAGAUGCCUCCAGUAAUAAUAACGACGCUAAUACCUCGAUGCAACCAUUCUGGUGGAAUCCUGAAAUCGAGAAUGCCAGAAACGAAUAUAAUAAAUAA